GGCUGGAUUGGCUGGAGCUGGGCAGAGAGCGUGGGGAGCACGCAAGUGGGGCCAGAGGAACAUCGAGUGCUGCAGCAAGGAGUAGAGAUUGGCCAAGUCAGUGAACGUGGGGGUAGGAUUUCACCAUCCAGUGUGGGAGUGGUAACUGGAAACAGCCUUCCUGUCCUGGACACAGGAACAUGGCGCUGCUCCGAGGGCUCCUGGUGCUCGGCUUGUCCUGCCUGCAAGGCCCCUGCUUGGUGCAGUUCUCUCCUGUGAGCGCUAUGGAGCCCUUGGGCCAGCAGCCAAUUAUGGAGCAGGGCCAGGAGAAGUUGCCAUUUCCCUCACUUGCCUUCCUCAAGUCGAACAACCAGAAACCUGAUGACCAGAUUGCCCUGAAGAAGUCCUCAGCAGACUGCAAGGGUGCCCCAACUCCAGAGGAGACACGCCAGCUGGCCCAGGCCAUGAUGGCUUUCACCGUUGACCUAUUCUCCAUGGUGGCCCAAACAUCCACCAGCCCCAACAUCAUCCUUUCACCCCUGAGUGUGGCCCUGGCAUUGUCUCACUUGGCCCUAGGUGCUCAGAACCAAACAUUACGGAGCUUGCAACAGGUGCUACAUGUAGACUCAGAGCCCUGCCUUCCCCAUCUACUGAGCCACCUGUGCCAGAACCUGAGCCCUGGAACAUUCCGGAUGGCUGCCAGAAUGUACCUACAGAAGGGAUUUCCCAUCAAAGAGAAUUUCCUGGAACAAUCAAAACAACUGUUUGGUGCAAAGCCCAUGAAACUGACGGAAAGGCAGGAAGAAGACCUGGCGAACAUCAACCAAUGGGUGAAAGAGGCCACAGAAGGGAAGAUUGAGGAUUUCCUCUCUGAGCUUCCGGAAAACACGGUGUUGCUUCUCCUCAAUGCCAUCCAUUUUCAGGGUUUCUGGAAGAGCAAAUUUGAUCCAAGCUUUACUGAGAGAGACUCCUUCCACCUGGAUGAGAAGUUCACAGUGCCAGUAGACAUGAUGCAAGCACACUCGUACCCUCUACGCUGGUUCCUGCUAGAACAGCCUGAGAUACAGGUGGCUCAUUUCCCCUUUAAGAACAACAUGAGCUUUGUGGUCAUGGUGCCCACUCAUUUUGAGUGGAACGUGUCCCAGGUACUGGCCAACCUGAGCUGGGACACCCUGAACCAGCCCUCACUACGAGAGAAGCCCACUAAAGUGCGGCUGCCGAAGCUGCACCUGAAACACCAGCUAGAUCUGGUGGCUACCCUCGGCCAGCUGGGCCUGCAUGAGCUGUUCCAGGCCCCAGACCUACGUGGGAUCUCUGAUGAGAGGCUGGUGGUAUCCAGUGUCCAGCACCAGUCCACCCUGGAGCUCAGCGAGGCUGGCGUGGAGGCAGCUGCAGCCACCAGCACUGCUAUGUCCCGCAUGUCACUCUCUUCCUUCAAUGUGAACCGCCCCUUCCUCUUCUUCAUCAUGGAGGAUACCACAGGCCUGCCCCUCUUUGUGGGCAGCGUGAGGAACCCCAACCCUAGUGCACAGCCCCAGCUCCAGGAGCAGCAAGAUUCCCCUGAUGACAGAAACUUAAUCCAGAACCAGAAAGCCUUCCUCCAUGGAGACAAGUUCUUUGACCCUGAUUUGAAACUUGUGCCGCCCUCGGAGGAGGAUUACCCCCAGUUUAGCCACCCCAAGUGAGGAACACCAGUACCAGCAUCCUAAGUCCCCACCUGGACCAGCAUCUCAACUCAUGUGACUUUUUC